CCACCAUCACUGCGCCCUCGCUGAUUCCUCGGGUUUCUGCUCUUGGUGGUGGUUCGAGAGCGAGGCCAGAGGAGGAAGGGUUCCUCGAUCUUCUUGCUUCUUCGUCGCGAAAGGUUAGCAUAAGCAAUGGCUGAUGCUGAGGACAUCCAGCCUCUUGUCUGCGAUAAUGGGACAGGAAUGGUGAAGGCUGGUUUUGCUGGAGAUGAUGCUCCCAGGGCUGUUUUCCCAAGCAUUGUUGGUCGACCUCGACAUACUGGUGUGAUGGUUGGAAUGGGACAGAAAGAUGCAUAUGUAGGUGAUGAGGCUCAGUCCAAGCGAGGUAUCCUGACUCUGAAGUACCCUAUUGAACACGGAAUUGUUAGCAAUUGGGAUGACAUGGAAAAGAUCUGGCAUCAUACCUUCUACAAUGAGCUUCGUGUGGCUCCAGAAGAACAUCCAAUUCUUCUCACAGAAGCGCCACUUAAUCCCAAAGCGAACAGGGAAAAGAUGACACAGAUCAUGUUUGAGACUUUUGAUGUUCCUGCCAUGUAUGUUGCAAUCCAGGCUGUCCUCUCCCUUUAUGCUAGUGGACGUACCACAGGUAUUGUGUUGGAUUCCGGUGAUGGGGUUAGUCACACUGUCCCAAUCUAUGAGGGAUAUGCACUUCCUCAUGCGAUCCUGCGUCUUGACCUUGCUGGAAGAGACCUGACAGAUUCCCUUAUGAAGAUUCUGACAGAAAGAGGAUACUCCUUCACAACCAGUGCUGAGCGUGAAAUUGUUCGUGACAUCAAGGAGAAACUUGCUUACGUGGCACUUGACUACGAGCAAGAACUCGAGGCGGCUAGGACUAGCUCAGCGGUUGAAAAGAGUUAUGAACUACCUGAUGGCCAGGUCAUCACCAUCGGGGCAGAGCGCUUCAGAUGCCCGGAAGUGCUCUUCCAACCUUCUCUCAUUGGUAUGGAAACGGCAGGUAUCCAUGAGACCACCUACAAUUCCAUCAUGAAGUGUGAUGUUGAUAUCAGGAGAGAUUUGUACGGGAACAUAGUGCUGAGUGGUGGGUCAACCAUGUUCCCUGGUAUUGCUGACCGUAUGAGCAAGGAAAUCACUGCAUUAGCUCCUAGCAGUAUGAAGAUAAAGGUUGUGGCUCCACCCGAGAGGAAAUAUAGUGUAUGGAUCGGUGGGUCUAUUUUGGCCUCGUUGAGCACAUUCCAGCAGAUGUGGAUCUCAAAGGCAGAAUACGAGGAGUCUGGUCCUGCUAUCGUCCACAGGAAAUGUUUCUAAAUGCUCCCCUAGUUUCCAUCUUGCACUUUGGUUUAUUUGGUGUUUGGUUUGAGGAUAAUUUAGGCGUUAAUUCUGUAAUUUCUUCUUGCUUUGUUGCAUCGGACUUUAUUAAUACAUAUCAGGUAUGAGUACUUGUGUCGUCACUCAAUCUUUUUCAGUCUUUAGCUACAGUCUAUUAGUAAGUAGGUUGGGCACAUGUUUUGAACUUGUAUUAAUGUAAUCUAUAAAACUGUGUUGGGUUCAUGUCUAAAUCAAAGCGUUACUUAAACGCUUUUCUCAUUAGUAUGUA